AUGAUUGGAUUUUACAAGCCAAAGACUUACAGGAGCCCCAGAGGCUGCUGUAUCUGCAAAGCCAAAUCUUCCAGCAGUCGCUUCACAGACAGCAAACGAUACGAAGGCGACUUCCACAAUUGUUUUGGAUUGCAUGAAAGACGCACAGGAGAUAUCUGCAAUGCCUGUGUCCUUCUGGUGAAGAGGUGGAAAAAACUUCCGUCCGGCUCCAAAAAGAACUGGAACCAUGUCGUAGAUGCUCGUGGGGGACCAAACCUAAAAGCACUGCGCAUCAGACCCAAAGGAAUCCGACGUUUGGCUGCUAGAAGGAACCAAAUUAAGAAAAGCCUUUCAACACAUUGUAAGUCACACAAUUCUGGUGCGCACAGUACGGCUUCCAGUGCUUCACCGACGCACUCCUCAUCCUGCAGUAACCACUCCGACACUGACACAGACACAGACAUAAGGACCGCACCGAGCCGGAGUUCACCCUUCUCAUUUUUGGAUCCAACCUAUUGGAAAAGGCAAAAAGUUUGCUGUGGAAUCAUUUACAAUGGACGAUAUGGUGAAGUCCUCAUCGAUGCCCAGCAGUUCAAACCUUGUUGUAGCAAUAAGAAGACAGAGGAGACCACAUCCAGAUGAGGAGACCCAA